UGCAAAUAAUUCUAUGGCUAUUUAGAAAACAUAAUGCAGAAGAGAAGUAGGUACCAGGAGACAGUAACCUUUGAGUGACGAGUAACAAGAGUAUCCUUAGGUUUCUUCAGGGAAGAAUUGCAACUUGUCCAAAAAGAUGACAUUAAUUUUCUCUUUUGAUUUGAAUUUUUUUUUACCCGUUUUCUUCUGAUUUCCAUGUCAUAUCUGUGGUUAAUAUGGUGUUACGAGAUCAUAAUGUGUUAACUCCAUGAAAUUUUUUUUGGGUAGAUUGCUAGAAGGAUCUGGCCACAACUGUGUGGUCCUGUGGUGAGCUUAGAAGCACGAAACAGGAGGGACUGUAAUUCUGAUUUUGAAGAGCAAUACUGGAUUCCACUAAGAAAAAGCAUCUGGUAGAAUUACACAAGUGGCAGGAAGCAGAGGAUGGAGUAGAUGUUACUACUUACUACACUUUCAUGAGGCCCGCCAACUUUAGCUUCAGAAGAUAGAUAUUUCCUUGGGUGCCAACAUGUUCUAUUUAAUUACUUAACUGUUGCCCUUGUCCUGUUAUAUUCCUUCCCUGCCUUUCAAGUUUCCUUUGUAUUCUGCCCUCAUUUUUGGAUAUUCUAAUUCCAUUUCCUCGUCUUGUAUAGGGGAGCUUUUGAUCCUCCUUAGGUAAAUAUAUAAGCUCCCCAGAAAAGAUCUGCACUUCAGAAGGCUAGUCAUUAUUGAUAUGCUUCUGUAGAUUGGCAAUUCUGUAAAAGCUGAAAGAUGGCCUUUUACUCUGAGGAUGACAAAGCAGAUGAUUACCUUUUUAAGAUUGUUUUAAUUGGUGACUCGGCUGUUGGGAAAUCAAAUUUGCUUGCAAGAUUUGCUAGAAAUGAAUUUUACCCUAGUUCAAAGUCAACAAUAGGGGUAGAGUUCCAAACCCAAAAGAUGGAUAUUAAUGGAAAGGAAAUUAAAGCACAGAUCUGGGACACAGCAGGUCAGGAGAGAUUUCGGGCUGUAACUUCUGCAUACUACAGAGGUGCAGUUGGAGCUCUACUGGUUUAUGACAUCAGCAGGCGCCAAACAUUUGACAGCAUUGGCAAAUGGCUUAACGAACUUCAUACUCAUUCUGACAUGAAUGUAGUAACAAUUCUUGUCGGGAAUAAAUCUGAUCUCAAGGAUGCCAGAGAGGUAUCGACAGCAGAAGGCAAGGCCUUGGCAGAGGCGCAGGGUUUGUUCUUCAUGGAAACUUCAGCGCUCGAUUCCUCCAAUGUUGCUGCUGCCUUUCAGACAGUUGUUAAAGAGAUCUACAAUAUAUUAAGCCGGAAAGUUAUGAUGUCGCAAGAACUCAAUAAACCAGGUGCUCCCGAGCUGGGAAAUGGGAAGACCGUGGUUUUAAAGGGAGAUGGGGAUCAAGAAGGCAAUGCAGGGACUAAAAAAGGAUGGUGUUGUUCAUCUUAGCAAUCAAACGAUGCCCAAUUACUUCUUUUUGCUUGUUUCUUUCUCCAUAGCCUGAAUUUGCCACUCAUGUUCCAUCCCAACUUCUUCUCCAUCUGUUCAGUUCCCUCGUUUUGGUCUAUCUAGCAGAAUGCUUUUUACUUGCUCCUCUAAGCUAAUGAUGGUUCAAGAAGUUAAACUGAAGUAGCGAAUGUAAAUGGCAAAAGAAUUACUACAUCAUACAUGACAGCUCUUGUCUUCAAUUUUUUAUUCGUGACCUAAACCUUGGUUUCAUGACA